UGUGCAGACGACGGAAAGACUAGCCGGGACCCGCGCGGCCGGGCGCCAUUCGAAACUGUACCCUGAGCGGUAGUCUAGUGCCGAACACGCGCUAGAGCCCAGUGGAGUGGCUCACACCGAGCGACUAGCGACACCGGCCGCUACCCAACGAAUAUCGAAACAGAAAGAACGCACUUAAGCCAAGAUGCCUUUCAAGCCAAUUGAAAACCCCAAAUGCCCGAAGUGCGGCAAGUCCGUCUACGCGGCCGAGGAGAAGGUCGCCGGCGGCUUCAAGUUCCACAAGAUGUGCUUCAAAUGCGACAUGUGCAACAAGAUGCUCGACUCCACCAACUGCGCUGAGCACGAGGGCGUCCUCUACUGCAAGAACUGCCACGCCCGCAAGUACGGCCCCAAGGGCUACGGCUUCGGCGGUGGCGCUGGCUGCCUGAGCAUGGACACCGGCGAACACCUGAGCGGGUACGUCGGCGAGGGUGCCCGGGCCCCCAUGGAGCCCCGCGCCAUCGCCAAGGCCCCCGAGGGCGAGGGCUGCCCGCGCUGCGGCGGCUUCGUCUACGCCGCCGAGCAGAUGCUGGCCAGUGGAAGGGGUUUUCACAAGGAGUGCUUCAAGUGCGGCGACUGUGCGAAGCGACUGGACUCUGUGCUGUGCUGCGAGGGUCCAGACAAGGACAUCUACUGCAAAGGAUGCUACGGCAAGAAGUUUGGCCCUAAGGGAUACGGCUACGGCCAGGGCGCCGGGGCCCUCCAGAGCGAUGCUAGCCUGUACACCAAUGGCAACGGCGAGCACCUCGCCAACAAGCCGAACACGCUCCACGACGUGGCCAAGAUCCAGGCGCCCAAGGGUGAGGGCUGCCCCCGCUGCGGCGGCAAGGUCUACGCGGCGGAGCAGGUGCUUUCCCCCUCCUAGGAGUGGCAUCGCAAGUGCUUCAAGUGCCGCGACUGCACCAAGCAGCUCGACUCCAUGCUGGCCUGCGACGGCCCCGACAAGGACGUGUACUGCAAGACCUGCUACGGCAAGAAGUACGGCCCCCACGGCUACGGCUUCGGCGGCGGCGCCGGCUUCCUGCAGACGGACGGGCUGACGGAGGACGAGAUCUCGUCGCAGCGGCCCUUCUACAACCCGGACACCACCUCCAUCAAGGCCAGCCCGGGGCAGGGCUGCCCCCGCUGUGGAGGCGCCGUGUUCGCCGCCGAGCAGCAGCUCGCCAAGGGCACGAUGUGGCACAAGAAGUGCUUCAACUGCGCCGACUGUCACCGCCCGCUGGACUCGAUGCUGGCCUGCGACGGCCCCGACAAGGAGAUCCACUGCCGCGCGUGCUACGGCAAGAAGUUCGGGCCCAAGGGCUUCGGCUACGGCUUCGCGCCCACGCUCGUGUCCUGCCACGGCGAGUCCACCUGCCAGUUCAACGACGCGCGGCCGACGCACGGCGCCCGCGCCCAGGAAGGCAAGGGCUGCCCCCGCUGCGGCUUCGAGGUGUACGCCGCCGAGCAGAUGAUCAGCAAGACCAGGAUCUGGCACAAGCGGUGCUUCAACUGCCGCGACUGCGGCCGCUCGCUCGACUCCACCAACCUCAACGACGGCCCGGACAACGACAUCUACUGCCGCGGCUGCUACGCGCGCAACUUCGGCCCCAAGGGCUGCGGCUUCGGCAUCGGCGCGGGCGCGCUCACCAUGGCGUGAGCUGGCUCACCAUCGUGAGCGCGUGCUCACCGCGCACGCUCACCGCGGCGUGGGCGUGCGAGCGGCGGCGGCAGCGGGCGCGGCGGGGGAGGCCCCGAAGGUCCCCGGCGAGAGCGAGCGACGAGCCGAUGAAAUGCGCGAAAUCAUUGGGUUUGCUGAAAGAAAUACAAUAACAGCCACGCGAGAAAAAUAUAGAUAAUAAAAUGAUAAGACGGAACCAAACGAAGCGGGAACCUCCCGACAUAGUUCUGCGACGGAAGGGCGACGCUCUAUAUAAGCGAAGGGAACGCCAUCGGCCUCGUCGCAGUUUCGUCUGCUCAAUAUUUGUUUGCUACAUAUACAUUAUUUCAGAGCGAUGUACUAAUUGUUGUGCAACGAAAAUUUCACUAGCGCUACGUUGCUGUUUUUAUUUUUUAAUUAUUAUUAUUAUUUCUAAACAUAUAAAUCUGCUAUUUGCGCAGCCAAAACGUUACCAAAUUUUAUCCCAAAGGAUUGAUUGGGAGAAAAUGGUUUGGUGUGAAAGGUGCUCUCGCGUCCAAGUUCUACUGCUGUGAUAGCUCCCGUUUCACUCCCAGCAACGGGGGGUAUGAGAGACUGAAAGAAUUCUGAAGCAGAACACCUUUCAAAAAGACUUCUUGCAUGUUUUAUGUUUUGUUUGUAUUUAUAAAACUGGCACAGUGGUCGGUGGAUGCACCUAGUGGAACCUUUACAGGACAACAGCAGAAUGUGUGUUAAAAAUAUUCAGUGCAAAUUUUGCCUCUUGUAAGUUCUACUAGGGCAGGCUAGGGACAAGUCCUUGUUAAAUUAAAUGAUGAAUUAAUCCAUUUAUAUGUAUCAAGUUCUUGUCUCCAAAUACAGAAGAUACCUCUGCUGCAAGCAUCACUGAUUCAAUGUUUAUUAUAUCUGUAACUAAGAGGGACCAUUGCUGAGAUAACGCUACCAUUCCAACCAGACCACUGUGUCAGACGUAUAUAUAAAUUUUUGUGAAUGUGUUGGUGUAGGGUAAGUGAAUGGAUUAUAUUCGGACAGGAGCCACCAUGUCGCUGGUGAGCAGCGGAUUUUUUUCUAAAAAAUCUCAGCAACCUCAGCUGAUACUGAAAAUUGUUAACUGAUGAAUGUCAUAAUAUAGUUUCCAAGUUUUGUCAAGAGUAAGUCUUAUGCUUUCCAUGUUAUUAUAAAACUUACUUAAAUUUGCUUUCUGCUUAUGCUUCCCUCUCACUUCAGUGACAUGAUUGUUCGAAUAAGCAUCCACAUACUAGUGCACAAAUGCAUUUUGUAAAAAAACUAAUGAAAGAACUUUGUACAUGGCUUUGUGAAGAACACCGCAGUUGAUUAAGUGCCAGAGUAUGUUUUACCAUCUGAAAAUCCAAUGCUUAAAAUUUUGAUAAGAGUAAGUCCGUACAAUAUUAGCUUUGCAAAUUUGUCAGGAUGCCAUUUCUGACAGAAACGAACGACCAGGUGUAUUACACCUGUUGAACUUCCAUUUAAUCAUCUAAACUUUAUCUUGUGUAUUUUUGAUUGCCUAUCGCACAAGGCAAUUUCAAUGGAAGUAUUUGACUGGGCACAAGUCCAUGUGUCUAGUACCUAACAACCAGAUGGGCAAUUUUGCUUCAGUGUCAAUAAAAAGCAUGAUAUUAUUACUAAGCUAAUUCUUAAAUCAACAAAGAAGACCUCUCAAUAUGUUCUCAAGUCAUCUGAAUAAGAGGAGGAAAUAGAAUAAAAUUGUAAGUCUUUCAUAACUAUAAAAAAAAAAUAAAGCAAAAUCAUGAUCUGA